UUAAUCACUAUGUAAAUAUGUAUAGGACAUUACAUAUCGGAUAUAUAUUUAGGUGAAUCAUAUAUUGUGUGUGGCAAUGUUUUUUUAUCUAAUGGCCUUUCCUUAUCGGCUGUCACGGAAUUUAAUCUUUAUUUCGACCCAGUCUGUCUUUACAUGUGAUUCAGCAACUUGAAAGGAUCUAUAUCCACUGGGACACAUCUGUAUAUUUACGGUUGAUGUUUAUGCAUCUUCCACUUUUUCGAGUGUAUAUAGAAAAUAUACGGAAUGGCUAAUUGGUCACCGGUGAUUUCGCCUCUUAUCGCAUCGUCCUAUGUGCAAGAAGACUCAUAAAACGCAAAAGGAACGCAUAGGGAUAUAUCGAAUUGGCUGCGACGCGGGCGCAGUAGCGAGAGCUGGCUGGUGGUUGGUCGUAGUGGUGGCUUGGGAAGAGUUUUGAGGUUAUAACCGAGCGGGAUUGUCCGGCGAAGCUCGUGUUUCCAGAGAGAAUCGCGGAGGAUCGAAAAUCCGGUAGACAGGUUUUUCGUCGUCGCGAGGGAAGAACGCGCCGAGCCAGCUGACAGCUCGGGUGACAGGACAGGAUUUUUGACAACAACGAGACAGCAGCAGGAGCCAACCCAGCCAGCCCCAGCGUUUCACGUGAAUUCGACAUUCACGGCGUUAUCCGUACGGCAAAGUGGACUCGAUGUCGAUAAUAUGUCGGCUACAAACGACUUCAGGACGACGCGGAUGCACAGGAUGGCCCGUCGGGCCGUUUGACGAUUAUUUAUGAAUGCACGGAGGGGUCCGAAAAGAGGGUGUCCACGAUACAACAACAUGGUGAAGGAGAAGGCGAAUUCGAUCCGCAUCUACGAUUCCGAGGGCUACAGACGUAGAGCUGCCUGCAUCUGCGUCAAAAAUGAUCUCGAGGACGAGGUACUAUUAGUUACAUCUAGUCGAAGACCCGACAGUUGGAUAGUACCAGGAGGCGGUGUCGAACCCGAGGAGGAACCAGCGGUCACGGCUCUUCGCGAAGUCCGGGAAGAGGCUGGCGUUCUAGGACAAUUAGGCCGUUGCCUUGGCACAUUUGAGGUUAUAACUCGUGAUAACACAGAACACAAACACAGAACAGAAGUGUGGGUGAUGCGGGUGACCGAGGAGCUGCCAGAGUGGGAAGACUCCCGCGCUAUCGGUCGGAAGAGAAAGUGGUUCACCAUAGCAGAGGCCCUGCUGCAACUUGGUCAGCACAAGCCCGUCCAGCGCUCUUACCUGCACAGCCUCCACAACACUAAUCCUCGACAUAAUCCCACCUCUCAGCUGUCCAAUCAUUCUCACUCCACGAUGGCAUCUAUUGAGCUGAUGAAUAACUCUAGUAACAAUUCACGUUUAAGUGAACACAGCUAAUAUCAUCGUGAAUCAUACAUUUCUGUCGAAAAUUUCGAUCGCCAUGAAGUCUCACUGUUACUCCUCCUUUCUCCCUUUAAGGGACCUUUACACGGUAACAACUUAAUCCGCUGUGUUUUAUACAUAUAAAUUUAUAUAUGUAUACCUACACUUAUCUUUAUUAUCAUGAUAUUAUUCUUAGGUUAACUAUUACUACUAUUACUAUUGUAUUUACGUUUACUUAUAUAGAUUGUUGAUGAUGAACUGUUUCAUAAAGGGACACAUUUUUUUGUAGCAGGUUCUCAUUUCUGAUGUGAUUUUUUUUAUUGAAGAGAGAAGAAUAAUUAAGUCAAUUGUUUUCAUUAUUAUAUUUAGUUUUGUGCCUAAUAUGUACGUAGAAUGUCAUACACACAUGAUCCUUUUCCACACAUCUCAUAUCCUGGAUACACAGUUGUAUGAAUAUCUUGGUAACUUUUCUACAUUUUCUCAAGGCAAGGAAAAAGUUACGUGUACUUGUUAGCAUAAAAAUGAUAAAUUAUGUACUUUGUAUAUUAACUUCUUGAAUAAAUUUUGUAAUGAUUUCUGCGAAGUAUAUAAAGAAAA